GCGACACACUCAUUCCUCUUAACACAAUAGACUUCCAACUUUAGCUGAGAAGGCAGCUCCAUGUGGGACACUUUGUUUUUCUGCUCACAGUCCAGAGCAGUCGAGGAUGCUGCUGAGCCUCUGCAGCCACGCAACACCUGGGGACGCAUUUAAUAUCGACGGACACCUGAACGAAACUGGUCAGACCAUUUGAAUGAGUUGUCUCUACUUAUGUGUGUCGGAGAAACAAUAAUCAGAGAAAAAAGAUAAUCUCCACAUCUGUAAUCGUCACUUGCAAUCCAGCCCAACCAUGAGGGACAGACUAAGUCACCUGCAGGACGUGUCCAACGACAUCAUCGAGCCGACGGAGUGUGCAGAAGUCACGGUCUCUGAAUCCUACAGUAAUAUCGACUUAGAGGAGGAGUUAACCCACGAGGCAGUUGUUUUUGACAACAGCCCUGAUCUGGCAGAAGUGUUUUCUCAGUCACAAGACGUCCAUAGAGAAGUUCAACUCAUCCGCCUCGACGUUAAAAGGCUUCGCGAGCAAAAUUCUCGCAUGCUCCAAGGCAACACCACCAUGAGCACAAUUAAAAGGGACUCCAAUGUUAUCGGAGCUGACAUCAAGAAGCGGGCGGAAAACGUGCUGGAGCGCCUGCACAACAUGGAUGGAACAGCCCACAAGCUCGAGGAAGCGCAUGGCUCAAACUCGGCCAUCACACGUAUCUCCAGGACCCAGUACGCCUGCCUCAGUAAUGGUUUCCGAGAUGUCAUGUUUGACUAUAAUGAGGCCGAGAUGACCCAUCGCAAGAACUGCAAAGGCCAGAUCCAGAGACAAAUGGAGAUAGUGGGGCGCGAGGUGACAGGAGAGGAUGUUGAGGAGAUGCUUGAGAAGGGUCAGUGGAACGUCUUUGCUGACAAUGUAGUUAGUGAAGGCAAAACCGCUCGAUCAGCUCUGUCCCAGAUUGAGAAGCGUCACCAGGAGCUAAUAGAUCUGGAGAGUCGUAUCUCGGGCAUCCAUGAGAUAUUCCUGGACAUCGCCUUGCUGGUAGAGGAGCAGGGUCCAAUGUUGAACUCCAUCCAAACCAAUGUUCAAAAAACUGAUGAAAAUUUACAAACUUGUCUCGUUAAACUCCGUAGAGCCAAACGUUAUGACAGCAGCAACCCGAUGAAGAAGAUGUUUUGCGGCUGUUUUCCAUGCUACAAGUGACAAGAAAAAGAGAUGGGUAGCGAAAUGUCAACAUUCGAAGUGGAUAUAUGAAGAAAAAGAUUUAAACAUUUGCUGUUAAACUGUGUUUGUUAACAUGGGCUCUGGAAAAAUGCCAUAUUUUUAUUUCUUUUUUUUCUUUGAGGAAUAAAAUACAUCUUUAAAGGUAGAAAGGAUGAACCUAUUUUAUCUUGAUUGAGCAAUAAUAAAUGUGUGUAAACAAAUAUAAGUUGCACUUAAGUUAAAUUAAUGUUUGUAUCAAGGGUUUGAGAUGGAUAUCUCAUACCAGAAUACCACCCCCAUGACUGAUAUGUGAUGUUGACGAUUUGAGAAUAUUUUCCAUAUUUUCUUAGCCUCUGGGGCUUCUGUGGAUACAUUUGUGUUGGUAGGAACAUUGCUCCAGGAAGUGCUUCUGUCACAGUAAACCUUAUAAAUGUUAUUUAAAACGAUUCUUCCCUAAUUUCACUGUGUCUUCCCACUGCUGAUAUGUACGUCAUAGCUGACAAAGGCAUUAAAGACAGCUUAAGAAACUCUACCAUAGUUCUUGUUCUUGAAAUCACUUCUCCAU